CCCUCAACCUAAAAUAAAAGUUAAACAACAACAACAACUUGAGAGGGGAAAUCUGGUUUUCUGAGAAGGGAAAUACAUCUGGUGAUCUGGCUGUGUCCUGUGACACACUCCACAGUACGGAUUAAAAUUAUGAACAGGCCUGUAAAAUAAGCUUCUCCCAAAUCUACUCCUAACAGGUAAAAAACAAAAACCACGUCAACGACCUGAAAGAAGGCUUUCAAAUUUUUAAAAAAGUGUUUUCAAAAUUUAAAACUGUACAAGUGAUAUUUAUUUAAGCCAUCAGAAGUAGCUCUGUCUUGCCCUUACUUUUAUAGAUAAGGAAUAAGCCUGGGAUGAUAUUUGCAAGAGAGAGAGCUAAGAAUAAACACAUGAAUAAUAGAUAAAAAACAGAAUUUGAUAUAUUUCUCAGGCCACUUUCCAAAUGGUGUUAAAAAUUCAGAAUCUGGUGUAUUUAUUAACACUUUGUCAUUUAUUUAAAAAGAAAUUCUGUACCUGAAAAUCUAAUAUGAAUUACUUUACAACAUUCUAAAAUUACUUCACAAUUUAUACACUGCUUCAAAACAUAUUCUAACUCUUAAUAUUUUAUUGAAAAUGUUAUAUAUUUAAUCAGAAGUAGGUAUCACAUAUUUUAGACACUUCUAUUAGGAAAUACAAUUCAUGCUAAUAACAUCUACAAAAUACAAAAACUGUUAUUCAUGUUUUCCAUUUCAUUUAUUCAACAAAUAUUUAUUAAGUGACUAGUAUGCGUCAGCCAGUGUUCUAGCCACUGAAGAUACAGCAGUUAAUAAAAUGCCAUAGCUAAUAAAAAAUUCUGCCUUCUUGGAAAUUACAUCCAUAUCCUUUAGGCUCUUAUUGAAAUGUAACAUGAAACGUGAUUUUCCAUUUAUAAGAAAAUUAUUUUUAUUUUACUGUGAUUUGCAUUAGGAGUAUUACAAAAAUAAUGUAGUCUCAUUCCUCAGUAAUUAGUUUUUAUAUUCAUCUUUUAGAGUGCAUGAAAAGAUAAUAAAAACUAUAAACAGAGACAAAACAUUUUCCUUUGUCUUUUAGACUUCCUUUUGUUCUCCUUAUUUUCACUGUUUUAUAGCAAAGCCCUGGGGGCAGGGAACCAUCCAUGACUUACUUGUCUUUGUGUUCCAAGCAUCCAGCCCUAAACCUGGCACAUUCUUGAUGCUCAACAAGCUGUACUGAAUAAAUGAGUAACUUCAAUGUACAGGUAUUUAUAAUAAAAUCACACCAGGAGAAACCAAAACUAUUGCAUGGACGUUUAACAAAAGAUAUCCAAAGUGGUCUGAAUGGGAACUAUUUGUGUUACCACAUUCUUACACCUGUCUGGGAUGCCUCCAAGAACACACUAAAGCCUUGAAACUGUUUGAUCUCUUCCAGAGGGCCUUCAGAGGAUAAUCAGACACCAUAAUUGUUACCUUCCAGGAUGGAAUGUGCAUCUCUUUGCUUUCCUCUAACAAAUCCUCAGAGCGUGGGAGUGGGAGAAGACUGUGUGUGUGCUGGAGUCCAGAGGAGGUAUUAGGGAUGGCAUGAGUGACAAAAACUGCAUCAUGUUCAGCCGGACACAGACAAGCUUGGGAAGAGGAUUUAAUGUUGUUUCUUCCAACUCUGGAAACAAUUCCACUUGAAGGCUCAAUAGUUCAGGUUAAACCCAUCCAGAGUAAUGGCUGCGGCCUUACCCAGGACCCUGGGGGAGUUGCAGCUGUAUAGAAUAUUACAAAAAGCCAAUCUACUUUCUUAUUUCGAUGCCUUUAUCCAACAAGGUGGUGAUGAUGUCCAGCAACUCUGUGAAGCAGGAGAAGAGGAGUUUUUGGAAAUCAUGGCACUCGUGGGCAUGGCUAGCAAGCCCCUUCAUGUUAGAAGGCUGCAGAAGGCUUUGAGAGACUGGGUCACAAACCCUGGGCUUUUCAAUCAGCCGCUGACUUCCCUUCCUGUCAGUAGCAUACCCAUCUAUAAAUUACCAGAGGGAUCACCGACAUGGCUGGGAAUAUCCUGCAGUAGUUAUGAAAGGAGUAGCAAUGCCCGGGAACCUCAUUUAAAAAUCCCCAAAUGUGCUGCUACCACCUGUGUGCAGAGCUUGGGACAGGGGAAGUCAGAUGUGGUCGGGAGCCUAGCACUGCAGAGUGUUGGUGAGUCCAGACUCUGGCAAGGGCACCAUGCCACCGAGAGCGAGCACAGCCUCUCCCCGGCAGACCUGGGCUCCCCCGCGUCCCCAAAGGAGAGCAGCGAGGCGCUGGAUGCUGCCGCUGCGCUCUCUGUGGCCGAGUGUGUGGAGCGGAUGGCCCCCACACUGCCGAAAAGUGACUUGAAUGAAGUGAAAGAGCUGCUAAAAACCAACAAGAAGUUGGCCAAAAUGAUAGGUCACAUCUUUGAGAUGAACGAUGAUGAUCCACACAAAGAGGAGGAAAUUCGGAAAUACAGUGCAAUAUACGGCAGAUUUGACUCAAAGAGGAAGGAUGGGAAACAUCUCACGCUCCAUGAGCUCACUGUUAAUGAAGCAGCUGCUCAACUCUGUGUGAAGGAUAAUGCCCUGCUGACAAGAAGAGAUGAGCUUUUUGCCUUGGCUCGGCAGAUUUCUCGAGAAGUCACCUAUAAAUAUACUUACAGAACCACCAAGUCAAAAUGUGGAGAAAGAGAUGAAUUAUCCCCAAAGAGAAUUAAAGUGGAGGAUGGGUUUCCAGAUUUCCAGGAUUCUGUGCAAACGCUCUUCCAGCAGGCUAGAGCUAAGAGUGAAGAACUUGCAGCUCUUAGUUCACAGCAGCCUGAAAAGGUGAUGGCAAAGCAGAUGGAGUUCCUUUGCAACCAAGCUGGCUAUGAGAGACUUCAGCAUGCCGAGAGGAGGUUGUCUGCAGGGCUUUACAGGCAGGGCUCAGAAGAGCACAGUCCUAACGGCUUGACUUCCGAUAACUCAGAUGGACAAGGAGAAAGACCUUUGAAUCUCCGAAUGCCUAAUUUACAGAACAGACAACCCCAUCAUUUUGUAGUGGAUGGGGAGCUGAGCAGACUUUACCCCAGUGAGGCAAAGUCCCACUCAUCAGAGAGCCUUGGGAUUUUAAAAGACUACCCUCACUCAGCUUUUACCUUAGAAAAGAAAGUCAUCAAAACAGAGCCUGAAGAUUCAAGAUAGCUGUGAUUUCUCUCACCGUUUUCUGGAAAUGGCAUCAGAUUUAAGGAUAAUACUCCAUCAUAGAAAUAAGCCUUAAUAACCAGUGUUGCCUCAUUCAGCUCAAACAGAUUUCAUAGCCAAAGCAAAAGGACUGGUACGGUAGUCUGUGGAAACUGGGAAGAUAAAACAACAGCCACAAAAGAGAAAAUCAAAAGAGUGUUGCAAUCUAUAAUAGUAAUAUUGAUUCAUUCACAUUCCUGUGUUAAGUCAUUUUAUAUGGAAAGGCUUACAGAUCAAUAUUGUAAGCAUUCAUUAUUUAAGAAUGUACGAUGUAUUUGUGUAAUUUAUAGAAGUAAAAUCUAGAUGUUGAGACCUGUUUGGUCCAAUAGAUGUGGAUACAGUUUAUUUUACUUGAAAUUUUGUUGUCUACUUUGUGUGUUCAACGUAAAUAUAUGUCAGAGUUUAAAAUCUUUGCCUGCAGUUGUGAAAAAGAAAGCUUAAGUGAUGUAGUUAUUGGCAAGAUUGCAAUGAUUAUGGAAAAAUAGAAAGCAAAUACUCAGUUUAAGCCAAGGAAAAUAUUGUGGAUUUAGUAUUUGAUAAAACUGAUUUUGUUUAACAGGAAAUGUUUAGCAUUCACUCAUAUAACAUCUGGUUAUCAAUGCACGUUUACACAAUAAAUACUUGAGUGGAGGAAAGUUAAAAAGAUGAGCAAUAGAGUAGAAAAUAUCUUUUAAACUAGUUGGCCUAGAUUGUAUUAAUAACUACUUGAGAUGUUUCAAAGAUAGGAAGCUAUUACUUGGACAGAGAACUUGAAAUAAGUGGACCCAUGUAUAAAACCUUUGACUUAAACAUUGAUAUUUCAGAAUGUGUUAAAUAGAUUAAGACAUAGUAAGUUAACCCUACAUGUUAGAAAGAUGGCGACUGUUAACAAAGGCUGUAACAGAUUAAGUACUAUUUUAUAUCCAGAAAGUCUUCUCUAUGUAGAGAAGUCAGAGAGACUAGAUGCUUUCACUAGGGAAUAUCUUCCCACCCAGCCAUCACAAGUGUGGACAAUCACUGCAUCCACAUCUGUAGGCAUAUUUCCAUGGAAGUUUAGUUGACAGCUGUAUUCAUUAUUUAUUUUACAAUUUCAUUUUUCUACACCUUUGAGAUUUAUGAAUGCAGUUUUUUCUUAAAAUGUAUUUUAACUUGACAGUAUGUUUUUAGUUCCCCCAAUUUAACUAAUGGACCAUAUGCAUAUAUAUGGGAGUAUGCUUACAUGUUAAUAAUAUACUUGCAUACUUACGAGAAUUUCACAUUGGAAUUCAUAAUGGUAAAAAAACAUACAUCUGCCAAUAUACGUUUUUUCUGUUGGUUUAAGAGAAGAUAACUGACAGCUUUACCUACUUCCUACAGAUGCAUCUAAACCCAGAUAUUGCUGAGAAGAGUGUAUUGACUCUAAGACUGAGAGUAAGAGAGUAUGUGUUUUUUUGUUUUUAGUUCUGCUCUAGAUCAUAACUGUAAAAAAUAUUAAGUCAUAAUCUGUUACACUAAAAUUUGUCAGCCAAAUGUUAGAUGAAAUGUCUGCACUGUAGUCUCAGAUCACUGUCACAUAUAUAAAUUGCUUCUUCAUUUUAAUUUGUAGAAGUACUUUACAGUAGGAAACACCAGUAAACAACUUUUAUACUGUUAAAAGGCUUUUUUCCCCUUCCUAAAUGUUUUAAUUGUGUCAUAGUGUUUUGCUCACUGAAGAAGCUUCUUAUGGACCUUGCAACUUUGUUGCUAGCUUGAGGUUGAUUAUUGUGGUUGUAUUGUUCACUGUGUGUAGAAAUAGUAUGAGUACGAUUUCAAUAGACUGUUCAGUUUUUAAUAUUAGCCAUAGCACUGGUUAGUAUCUCAGUAGUUUCAUGAAACGUUUCCUGUAUUCUAAUCUAUUUUGAAACUUUUUGUUUUUUUUAAAUUGUGUCUUACAGUCAAGUUUGUAGAUUUUCAUAAGCCACAAUUUUAAAAGAUGCAGUAAUCUUCCAACCUCCAAUAUUUAUCCAUUCGUUGUGGACCCACACAUUGCAUCUUUAAAUUCAUAAUAAGUUUCCUUAACUAUCUUAUGUUUCUGGUCUUUUAAGCUUAGUGAUAAGGUGGAAGCACAAGAAAAAUUUCAGUAGAAUACAGUUUUUAUUUUGUAAACACUAAUGUAUUAAACUUGCUAUACAUUAAAGCAAAUAAUAUAUAUUUUUAUUUGAAUUGUAUAUGUGAAUUGGAAGUUAUAACUAGUUGAUUUUUUCAUUUUGUUAGAGGUAUUUUCACUGAACAAGGUCAAUUGGUUACCUCAGUAUUACAGCCAAUAUAGUCCAAGGGACCAUUUCUCCCUGAGUCUCUUAUACUUUAUUGUGCGAUGUCCACGUUUUUGUGACUCUUCAAGCUGUUGGUGAGGUGGGACGAGUGCACUUGCUUCCUGUGGCAAUAAAGAUUUUCUGUGCCUCACA